UCAUGACUCUACUCCAUAAGAUGAAAAUUCAUAUCUUGUCUGAAAUAUCCACUGAAUCAUAUUGACUGUAUAGAGUUCUUGAAAGUUAUCUUUACAAGUUGAUCGAUUGACUUCACAAUGUCAGAGAUCAGAUUCAGCAAUCUCACUUGGGAUCACAUUGUAACAUUGGAUCGCGUGUUAGAUGAAGUAAUCCCAAUUCAUGGAAGGGGCAAUUUCCCCACGCUGGAGGUAAAACCCAAAGAUAUUGUUCAUGUUGUGAAAGAUCAACUCAUAAAGCAGGGCAUUAUUGUUAAAGAUACCAGAUUGAAUGGUUCUACAGCAAGUUACGUACUCGCAAGCCAUAAUGGAAUCAGCUAUAAAGAUUUGGACAUUAUUUUUGGUGUUGAUCUACCAAGUGACCAAGAAUUUCAGGUUGUUAAGGAUGCAGUUUUAGGUUGUCUACUUGACUUUUUACCAAAAGGUGUUAAAAAAGAAAAGAUUACCCUAAAGACAAUGAAAGAGGCAUAUGUGCAGAAAAUGGUCAAAAUUUGCAAUAACCAUGAUCGUUGGAGUCUCAUCUCUCUUUCAAAUAACACCGGAAAGAAUGUAGAACUAAAAUUUGUGAAUUCACUAAGACGACAAUUUGAAUUUAGUGUAGAUUCUUUUCAAAUUCUUUUGGAUUCCAUGUUAGAUUUCUAUAGUGUCCCAAAUGCUAAGCUAACCAAAGAAUCCUGUCCUGUUGUGGUGGCUGAAAGUAUGUAUGGGGAUUUCCAGGAAGCAAUGAUACAUUUGAAAUACAAGCUUAUAUAUACCAGAAAACCUGAAGAGAUCAGAGGUGGUGGCCUUUUGAAAUAUAGCAAUCUGUUGGUUCGUGAUUUCAAACCAGCUUGUCAAACAGAAAUUAAGACUCUGGAACGUUAUAUGUGUUCUAGAUUUUUCAUUGAUUUUCCUGAUGUAGCAGAACAGCAAAAGAAAAUUGAAUCAUACCUCCGCAACCAUUUCAUAGGUGAAGAAAUAAGCAAGUAUGACUAUCUUAUGACCUUGCAUGGAGUUGUGAACCAAAGUACUGUCUGCCUCAUGGGUUAUGAAAGAAGGCAGACUCUUAACAUGAUCACCCUUUUGGCUUUGAAAGUACUUGGAGAACAGAAUAUAUUACCCAGUACAGACAGCGUAACUUGCUUUUAUCAACCUGCACCAUACCUAGUUCUUGAGAGAGGGUACCCAAGUUAUUAUGUAGCGUCUGGGCUACCACUUGUUUACUUCCAGCCAUGUCCUGCAGUGCAGUUUCCAGUACAAAAUGAUAUGAUGUAAGAAGUACACAUAGCAGAAGCAUUGCUUAAGCACAUCUGAAAAGCAAUUUUCCAAUUCUGUAAACGCUAACAUUUACUAUUGUGUAGUUGCCAACUAUUUUUCACCAAUUAUAGCUUAAAUAAUCGUAAUAGAUAAAGUAUCAUCUCUAAACUAACUUUUAAAUGAUCUUCAAAUGUGACUGGAAAAACUUUCAAAUGUAGUGGAAUACUUGAGAUGAUUUUUCAAAUCUUACUGACACUUAAGAUAAAAUUCACUUGACCAGUAUGUUAAAGAUGCCUGUAUCUUUGGCUAAAGUAUAAAAGAACACUUUUCAUGUCUUAAAAUGGACAUGCAUAGUGAAGACAUAUUAGACAUCUUUAUGUCCAAGUUCCUUGUUACACUGUAUUUUUCUUAGCAAAUAGUGCCGUGAAAUUUUAGUUCUUAAAUUGAAAAUAUGAGAUUUCUAUAAUAAGAAAUUUAAAUAAUUUUAAAACCUACAUUUCCCAAUAAAAUUUGUUGGGUUAAAAAUACUACUAAAGUUUGAAGAAUCACUAGAAAAAAAUGUUCUGGAAAACAGUCAUUUACCCUCUGUAUAAUAAUUAGCUAAUUUGUGGAUUGAAAAAUUCCUUUCAUCUGGACAACCAAUAAGAUAACUUAUUAUGCAGGGGUUUUGGCAUUUAAAUAAGUUGAAAAGAAAAAAAUAACCAACUCUGAAUGUGAAACUAUUUUAUCAUCAUUUCCUAAGAAGAAACUAAAUGGGACAAAAAAGAGAGAAAUACCACCACCAACAACAGAAAGUUAGAGAAUUUAGCCAUGACAUUUAAGAUUUUGGGCUUAUUUGAUCAACAUCCUGGGAAAUUUUUGUUAUUAGUAAUUGAAAGCACCUACCACCAAAUAAAGCACUUUCACUUUUCUAAGACCAAAGAUUGAUUUAUAGUAUGUUCCUCAAUGUUAAAUUUCAGUUAACACCAUCCUUUUUCAGUAAUUGUGUAUAUUUGCCAUUAUUCUGAGUAUUUAUUCAGUAAUCACAUAUCCACUCUCAAAUCUAUGAAUGGGAUUUAAAAUUAAUUUCUCUCAUAUGAUAAAAAAAGCCAUUGAUCUGUUAUCUGGGAUGGUAACAACAAGCUGUUCUGAAUAAAUGUCAAUAAGGCCAUCAGAAAACUUAAGUAUUUUUCCAUCAUAUCAUGAACAAGCAAUCAAAAUCUGAGAAAGUGCUACCUACAGACUGUAUUUAAAGUCUCAUCUCAGCAUUAUAGUAUUGAAUACAAAAGUACAACUUCUAAGGAAUUUUCAAAUAGCCAAUAUUUCUGACUUUUUUUGUAUCCAUACAUCGCUGGCCAUUGCCAUAUUUAAAUAAUUACAUGUAUAUUACAGAAUCCCAA